AUGAGCCCGACCAGCCCUGCCAGCUCUCGUCAAGGCAACGGAAUGCCCAAGCGCAAGAGGAGCGGCGGCAUGGGCCUCGAGAGCAGCCCCGGCAGCAUCAACGAAGACGACCACGGCGACCAGCACGAUCACGGCGAGCACGACAAGAAGCGACAGCCUGGCGUCAAGCGGGCGUGCAACGAGUGUCGCCAGCAAAAGUUACGGUGCAAUGUCGUUCAGGAACCUUUCCAAAGCUGCUCGCGGUGCAACCGCCUGAAGCUCGAGUGCAAGAUCGAAUCAAACUUCAAGCGCAUUGGCAAGCGAUCCAAACACGCCGAGAUGGAAAAGGAGAUUGACCGCCUGCGGCGUAACAUUGCUCGCGCCCAGGCGCAAGGCUAUAUCCUCGAAGACGACGAAACACUCAAUUCUCCAAUGGCUCCCAGCACCGCGACCUACAGCCACACGCGAAACCCUUCUCUGAUGGGCUCCGACGAGGCUGUUUCCUCGCUGCUCCACCUCAAGAGAGGCGGAUCGUACAGCAUGCCGCGCUUCUCCCACGAAUUGGAAGGCGUCCAGUUGACGGACGAAGCAGUCACCCACCUCUUCAACGAAUUCUUCGCCUUCUACCAUCCUUUCCUUCCAUUCCUCAACCCUCAGCAGUCUCCGGACCAAUACCACCAACAACAUCCUCUCCUUUUCUGGUCCAUUGUUGCCGUUGCUGCGCGUCGCUUCAGCCCCGCCAACUGCGCCAACCUCAUCUCGAACCUGUCUGGACCCCUUACUCGAUUCCUGUGGACCACCAUUGGCGAGGUACCGAGCAACUACUACGUUGUCAAGGCCAUGUGCCUGCUCUGUGCAUGGCCGCUGCCCACCAGCACAACCACUUCGGAUCCGACUCACAUCCUCUGCGGUGUCAUGAUGAAGACGGCCACGGGCAUCGGCCUGCAUCGCCCCAACCACAUCCAGGACUUCUCGAGAACAUCCGUCGAUCUCAACAAGGAGCAGCUUGCCGACCGUGUCACCACGUGGGCUGUGUGCAACAUUGUGGCACAAAACAUCGGCACCGGCUACGGCCAACCAGCUUCUUCGCUGUACGACUGGACGCUGGCCCUCCGGCCCGGGGACGAUCCGGCGCUGCAUUUGUCUCCCGAGCUGGAGGCUCGGCUCCAAAUCGAAAGAUUUUGCGACAAGGUCUCCAAGGAGAUGUAUAGCAACGCAAGUGAUCCCAGGGGCGUUGCUGGGGAUGAGCAUAGGGCGAUGCUCAUGCGCGUAUACCGGCGUGAGUACUCGGAACUGUAUGCUUCCAUCAUGUCUCAGCAGCUGGGCCCUGUCGUCAACCUCCACCUGCGCGCUGCCGCCCUCCACAUGAGGCUGGCCGGCUUCUUCGACUCCAGCAAGACGCCGGGCUACCUGGACGACCUGAUGGGCCUGUGGCGGGCGACAGUCAGCUUCUUGGAUGACCUCUUGGAAGUCGACAAGGUGUCCUCUCCGCACGACAAUAUCGGGGGCACCUUUUUGCUCUAUGCCACCAACUACAUCCAGCAGAUGCUGGUUGCCGCUGCCUUUACCCUGCUCAAGCUGAUGCGGUCCUUCUUCUCCAAGACGAUUGACUUCCAGCGCGGGCGAAACCUCUUCCACCGUUCCAUUCAGGCCAUCCGGGCCACCAGUGUGGUUACCAAUGACUUGCAGUGGCGUUUGGCCGAGCUAAUGGUGCAGAUGUGGAACGGCGCCCGUUUGGACCAGAAGAACUACAACCAAGAAGACGACUCGCCCAUCCAAGUCGACGACAGCCUGCAGCUCAAAGUUCGAUGUCGCCACAGCAUGAGCCUUGUUUUCGACUCCGUCUGGCGAUGGAGAGAGGAGUAUCAAGCUUUGGGCAGAGGAUCGCUCGAAGCCGCCUUGAAGCAUCCUACAAAUCCGGAUUCGGCCAAUGAGUCCUCAGCCGCGUCCUCGCAACUUGACAGCACGUUGAUGCCAUCACACAGUCUCCCCACGUCCAACAACAUGCUCCCUGCGAAUGGUGUACUAACACCAGGCGCCCCAGGCUUGUCUGCUGCCCCUGCAACCGGAACGACCAGCAUGAUUGGAAACAUCAACUAUGGCGGCGACACCAACUAUGACUUUUUCGAUCCCCAGCACUGGAUGCUGGACGGCCUCCUUGACUUCAACUAUUCGUUUGUGCCGCCCCUCGAAGGUGCAUAG